CGAGAUGUGUCUGGUAUGUGAGUAAAGAACACGGGGAGCGCAUCUCCUCGUGUCACAGCUCAUGCCAGCCCUACAACGUGACAAGCGUUGCCAAAUUGUCCUCAUCGCCCGACCAAUGGCAUAGAAUAGAUGCCUCCCAUGCAAUCACCACACUUACCCCUCCUGCAUCGCCGCCUCCUCCGACCAAUCGUCACUACCAUGGAAUCCACCAAGGAAGAAGCAGAUGUAGAAGACGAUCAAGCGGCGGCGGCCGACCUCUCGUACCCACCCGUCUUCCUCGAGUCCAGAGGCGCCGGCCGUCUCCCCGCUUCGCUAUGCACCAGCGCCCCGGUGAUCGACGUCCCCGUGUUGGACCUGCAUCGCCUGGAUCCGGUCGGGCUGCGCGGCGCGUGCCGUGACUGGGGGCUGUUCCGGCUGGUCCACCACGGCAUCCCGCCGCCGCUGUCGGCCGCGUUACAGGCCCAAGCCAGGGACCUCCUCUCCCUCCCUUUCGACGCCAAGAGGGCGCGGUUCUCCUCCCCCGGCCUCGCCUACUUCUGGGGCACGCCGGCGCUCACGCUCCACGUCAAGGACCUCAACUGGCUCGAGGGCCUCCAUAUCCCUCUCGGCCGCCUAAGCUCCAGCAGUUCCGCCGCCGAAUUCGACGGCCUCGAGACCUUCUGGUCUUUGGUGGAUGAGUAUAAGCAACACAUGGCUCGCAUCGCAAGAACACUGUUCGAAGCCUUGGCAGCCGAUCUCAAGCUCGACGCCUGGGUGUCAGCUUCCUACCUGAAUGAACACGACGGCACGUUUCGGAUCUACCGGUACCCCAAGUGCGCCAGAGCCGACGACUACUUCGCCAUGGAGGCCCACACGGACAGCUCGGUGUUGUCCGUCGUCAACCAGGACGACGUCGGCGGCCUGCAGGUCCUGCGCGGCGGCGGCUGGUUCUGCGUGGAGCCGAUCGCCGACACGCUUAUCGUGAACUUGGGGGACAUAAUGCAGGCGAUCAGCGAUGACGAGUACAAGAGUGUGGAGCACAGGGUGACGGUGAACAGGAGCAAGGAGAGAAUCUCACUCUGCUACUUCGGCUUCCCGAUGGAGGAUGGCGUGAUCACCAGCUCGAGGUACAGGGAGUUCACUUACAGGGAGUUCAAGGAGCAAGUGCAAGAAGACAUCAAGCUCUCCGGGGCCAAAGUAGGGCUGGGGCGAUUCAAGAUCAACAAUGAAAGCUGAACUGCUCAGCCUGUCAAUCGUUUACUGCAAUAAAUAAUUACAACCAAAAUAUAGUCAUGUUCAUGAAUCUGUUUGCAAGCUGAUGGCAGCACUUUAAUGUGAUCUAGUGUUAAACUAUCAGAUGAAGUGAGAUCAAUCAAAAAUUUAAGAUGGUACCGUGUGUUCUAUGCUAAA